UACAUCUCUAGACAAGUGACUCGGCAUCAUUUCGGCUAAUCGUCAAAUUUGUUGAAAAAUAAAAAUUGUUUAACAAUUGUAAUUCAGCAUACACACACAAAUAUUAAAAAUGUCUGCGCCCGAUAAAGAGAAAGAGAAGGACAAGGAGGAGUCGAAUCAGAAGAGCGAGGAUUUGGGUCUUCUAGAGGAAGAUGAUGAAUUCGAAGAGUUUCCCGCUGAAGACUUUCGUGUGGCUGACGAUGUGGAGGAGCCAAACGUGUGGGAGGAUAACUGGGACGACGACAAUGUGGAGGAUGAUUUCAGUCAGCAACUAAAAGCACAUCUAGAGAGCAAAAAAAUGGAUACAUGAAUUUCUCGAUUCUUCGUUCGUCCCUAACCACAAAAAAACA